AUGUACCUCCAUCUCAACCCACACCCCUUCUCCAUCCUCCCCUCUCAUCCCGCCCUCGACGAAACAAACACCAUUUCCUCAUCAACCCCAGCCCAUCCCCAACUCCGCUCCUUCCUCCACGCCUGCCUCACCGAAUCCCAAACCCUCCUGUCCUCCAUCCCCACCACCUUUCGCCGCGACCACAAACCCCGCCGCGCGCCGCCAUCCACCGCCGCCAUCCACCUCUACACGCGCAACGACAAUCAAGAAGGAGACUACUGGGUAUGCCGACAGAGCACGCACCAAGAUGCAGCAGUGACGGGUGUGACGUCCGUGGUGAAAUUGGUGGAGUGGCCGUCUGAAGUCGAUGUAGAAGGUGGCUGGGGGAAGGUCGAUGUUCAUGUGAACCUCAUCACGCAUACCUUCCACCCCACAAUUCUGAUUGCGCCUCGCUCGUUCCUUGUCUUGGUGAUUUCGGCGGACCGAGCAGCAGCAGCAGCAGCCAGGGAGCAACAAGGGUUUGUGACGAUCCAGAUUCCACUUGCUGUUGAGUCGAGUCCCGAAGCUGUCCGGAAGGAGAUCAUGGCGGCAGUGCCCCGGAAUACGAUCUUCGCGUCCUACGCGAGCGUGGAAGAGGUCGUUGCGACGGAGAGCGGGCUGCAAUGGACCAUGGCGACUACUUCAGAUGCUGGCGGGGCGAUUCCUCGGUGGAUCCAGCGGAGCUGGACCAUGGGCGGAGUCCCUAAAGCUGUUGUCGCCGACGUGGGCUUGUUUCUGGCCUGGACGGCCCGCCGGAGGUCUUAA